UAUAUGCUGCUGCUUCUUCUUCUUCACCGAAGCUAUUAAACAUUCAAUUUUUUCUGCAAUUAUCUUCAAAGUUGACCACAAAAACCAUGGCGCAUUUUCUAGGAGGAUUAGCUACACCUUUUCUCUGCAAACCCAUUUCUGCUUCUUCUUCUUCCAACUACAAUUACACAUCCGCUUCAUCUUUUGAUUCUCUCUACAUUAAACGCGCAGCCGAGUUAGCUGAUAAAUCGGCUGGAUUUACCGCUCCUCAUCCUAAUUUCGGCUGCGUUAUCGCUGUUCCAAAUGGUGGAGGUACGGUGGUCGGAGAAAGUUACUUGUACGCCGAAGGGACAAUUCCGGCGGAAGUGCAGGCUGUUGAAGCCGCUGGCGAGCAGUGUCGAGGUGCUACUGCUUAUCUUAAUAUGGAACCUGGAGACUGUCACUGUGAUUGUAGUGCCGUUUCCGCCCUAAUCAAGGGAUUAGUAGAGUUGUUGUUGGGAUACGGCAUCCGCUGCAACACCUUCGUGGCAAUGCCAUUCACGCAUUGAGGAGUGAAGGUCUUCAAGUUGAUGUGCUAGGGGAAGAUACACAGAAUAAGACUAUUGAGGUAAUCUAAUAUGUAGUACAUCCUGGAUGAUGCAGUUGAUGGGCUUCUGUGUGGCAAAUUAACUGUUGUAAGCUCUCAAUUCUUAGUUCUGGAGCAAUAAAACAUUCUACAUGGAAAGAAAUAAAACAUAGCGCUAACUGCACUUUUGAU